GCUGUUACCUAGUCAGUGGUCAAAGCAACAGUAGCCUACCUGAAAGAUACACAACCAACUGUAACCUUGCAUGUUAAACUCCUCCUCUUUUCACGAUGGCUACUGUGUGAUCCAAGUCUAAUCCAAGUACAGGUAAUUUAAAGCGGUCAAUUGGACCGACUGAAACUCUCAGAAAAGAUUUAUGAAAUUUGAUGUCUGCAAUCCGAUUCAUUCCCAUAUUAAAUCGGAAAGACAGCUGCAUUUUAUUUGAGGGAAAAAGACAACAUGGACUUCAACGUCAAAAGAUUAACCGCAGACGCCGGUACUUUUCUCAGCCGCGCUGUACAGUUCACAGGGGAAAUAUUUGGCCAAGCUGAAAAAACCGAGUUGGAUGCUCAUUUGGAAACUCUUCUCGCCAGAGCAGAAUAUACAAAACUGUGGACGGAGAUAAUAAUGAAACAGACUGAAGUUUUACUUCAACCCAACCCAAAUGUCAGAAUAGAGGAGUUUUUAUAUGAGAAACUGGAGAAGAAAGUCCCCUUGCAUGCAAAUAACCAUGAGCAACUAGGGAAGCACAUGACUGACUCCGGACAUGAGCUUGGGCCGGGAACGGCUUACGGAAAUGCACUCAUCAAAUGUGGAGCAACUGAGAGACAGAUUGGAGGUGCAGAAAGAGAGUUUAUUCAGAGCUCAACCAACAACCUCCUCACACCCUUCAGGAACUUCAUUGAAGGGGACUUUCAGGCCAUCUCUACAGAACGAAAGGUCUUGCAGAACAAGCGUUUGGACCUGGACGUCGCCAAAUCCAAACUGAAGAAAGCCAAGGUUGCUGAAGCCAGAUCAGCACAACUAAACUCGACUCCACCACUGGGAGAGGAGUACGGAGCCCACUUUGGCUACAUGCUCAGCUUUCUGCAUGUAAAAUGGCUAAAGAUGUGGGCAGAGGAGGAGGUGCAGGCGGAGACGGAGCUGAGGGUGGCGCAGCGCGAGUUCGACCAGCAGGCAGAGACCACCAGACUCCUGCUGCAGGGCAUCAGCACCACCCACGCGAACCACCUCCGCUGUCUGCACGAAUUUGUGGAGGCCCAGGCCGCCCACUACACACGGUGCUGCCAGUACAUGCUGGACCUCCAGAAACAGCUAGGAAGCUUUGCUUCCAUGCUCUCUUCCAACAACAACCAGCAACCCUCAACAUCCACAUCCCAGGCUUCCAUGCUCACAGCUUCCCCCUCAGUGCCACCCAUUUCCCCUUCUGCCCUGAAUGAGCUGCACAGCUCCAGCACCAGCCACAAGGCACGGGUACUGCGUGACUAUGAGGCCGCGGAUAGCGGAGUGAUGUCCCUUGUAGCUGACGAGAUCAUCAUAGUGUCCAGUGCCCCAGACAUGGACUCUGAUUGGCUGAUGGGUGAAAGGGGGAACCACAAGGGCAAGGUUCCCAUUACCUAUCUGGAGUUACGGGACUAAGAGUGUAGCAUGAGCUGAAGAGUCUAACCGCUUAUUCCUGCCAAGAUGUAGCAUUUAAACUCAAUAACUGCUAUUUCCUAUGAAGCCAUCUCGAUUCUUUCACAUCACAUGGCCGACAGUGAUGGCCGACAGCAACACAUUGAGGAAAAACCUUUCCAGGGAUUUCAGAUUGCCAAACAGAUAUUUCCUUUUUUUACUGGUCAUUUUUUCCAACUCUGACUUUAACCACAGCGUUGGCUCGUACGUAAAUUGUGUAAUUGUACUGCUACUUAGUACAUAACCAGUAAAUGUUACUUGAAUUUAAUGUUUUUAUCUUUGCAAAGACCACACACUACUUUUUAAAAUAUUAAUUUAAUGUCAUACAUUGUCAUGUUAAAGAAUUGACUGAUAAAGGUAUCUUCUUGUCAGUCAAUUGUACUUGUAUGAAAGUCUAUUCCAUUGAGAGAUAGCAUGUAUUUUACUUGAAUAUACCUUAAGAACCUUCACAAGGGGAAAAUCAGGCUGCGAGCAGAGGAGAUUCUCUCAAAGUAAGAUGCUGUUUCAGAGGUGAGCAACAGUGCCUUGUGAUAAAGCUAUAGGAGACAGAAUUAGUGAUAUAUACACUCACUGAGCACUUUAUUAGGAACCUGUACACCUACUUAUUCAUGCGAUUAUCUAGUCGUGCGGCAGCGGUGCAAUGCAUAAAAUCAUGCAGAUAGUUCUGCAAACAGAAACGCUUUGUUGGUGAGAGGUCAACAAAGAAUGGCCAGACUGGUCAAUGCUGACAGUAAUGACCACACGUUACAACAGUGGUAUGCAGAAGAGCAUCUCUGAACACACAGCAUGUCAAACCUCUAAGUGGAUAGGCUACAGCAGCAGAAGACUUAAUAAGUCUAAUAACUACCAAAUAAAGUGCUCACUGAGUUUGGUGGUUAGAACACUGUUUUCAGCUCACUGCAGUUGUUUUAGCUUUACAGAAAUGUUAAAACAUUACCGUGUACUGACUGCCAUUUCUAUCAGAAAUGGAAAGGCUGAUACAUUAGUUUUUUUUGUCACAAUGGAGUAUUUGUUUUCUGCUGAAUGGAAUGUUAUUACUUGCAGGAAAUUAUUGUCUUUGGAAAAUAAUAUUAAACCUAUAAAUGUUUAUUAGGUAUAUAUCUUAACUGAAAGAAGGUACUUGUAGAAGCAUACAUUGCCAUAUUUUGCACAUCACUAUUUAAUUAAUAAUAUAGUUCUUAAAAGUCCAUAGUCGAUAGAAAUGCAUAAAUGUGAUAUUAGUUAUUAUAUAUAUAUAUUAGAAUAUAUUUCCCCACAUUGGAAGACUUUUUGGUUUCUCAGAAUAACAACUAAAGCUUGAUUUUUCUGUAGUAAAACAUGGUGACUUAUUGUUAAAAAGAACAUUAUUUGUAUCAAUCUAACAUUCUGAGAAGACUGGUUACCCUUAGUUACGUAUUCUUUAUAAAACGUUGGAAAUGUGGUAUGCUGUCACAAGUUUGCCAUAUUGCGCAAUAAAGGGUCUUGCUAC